AUGGGAAAAGACAUACGAUCAUUUCCUCUUCCAGAGAUCGACGAGCAAAAUGACACAAAAGACAAUACACCUAGGGAGAUCACCGAGGAAGCCAACAUCGAGGUGGACCCUGAGGACAUGGAAUUGCCUAAACACCUAAAUGACGAGCAAAAGGCCGCCUACAAUGAAAUUCUAACAGCAAUUGAUAGAGAUGAAGGAGGGCUAUUCUUCGUAGAUGGACCGGGAGGAACGGGGAAAACUUUUCUAUACAGGGCAUUGCUUGCAACAGUCCGUGGACAAGGAAAAAUAGCUUUAGCAACAGCAACCUCUGGUGUCGCUGCUUCCAUAAUGCCCGGAGGAAGGACAUCGCACUCAAGGUUCAAAAUACCACUAAGGAUAGAUGAUGGGGCUAUUUGUUCAUUCACAAAACAAAGUGGGACAGCCAAGCUACUUCAGGCAGCAUCGCUAAUCAUUUGGGACGAAGCAUCGAUGACUAAGAGGCAGGCAAUAGAGGCACUGGACAAAAGCAUGCGUGACAUAAUGGAUGUACCAAAUCUUCCAUUCGGUGGGAAAACAGUGGUAUUUGGGGGAGAUUUUAGACAAGUUCUGCCGGUUGUACGAAAGGGUACAAGAUCACAAAUAGUAGAUGCCUCACUACGCAGAUCUGAACUCUGGAAUUGCAUGCGUCACAUGAAGCUUGUGCGCAACAUGAGGGCUCAAAAUGACCCAUGGUUUGCAGAAUACCUAUUGCGCAUCGGCAAUGGCACUGAGGAGACAAACGAUAAAGGCGAGAUACGUCUGCCCAAAAAUAUAUGUAUUCCACGCACAAUGGAUGAUUCCGGACUUGAUAGACUCAUCGACAGCGUCUACCAAAUGAACAGCGCUUGCCUGGAGGAUCCAAAUUACAUCACAUCAAGAGCCAUUUUAUCCACGUGUAAUGACUGUGUAGACCGCAUAAAUCUGAAAAUGAUUGAACGAUUCCAAGGAGAAGAGAUGGUCUAUCACAGCUUCGAUAGUGUAGAAGAUGACCCACAUAACUACUAUCCCCCGGAAUUCCUAAACACACUAACCCCAAAUGGACUACCACCACAUAUGCUGAAGCUCAAGAUUAACUGUCCAAUAAUACUACUCAGAAAUAUCGACCCAGCUAAUGGACUAUGCAAUGGCACAAGAUUGGUGGUACGAGGAUUCCAGAAAAAUGCAAUCGAUGCAGAGAUUGUACUAGGACAACAUUAUGGGACACGAGUUUUCUUGCCCCGAAUCCCGCUGUGCCCCUCUGAUGAUGAGAUGUUCCCAUUCCGUUUCAAGAGGAAACAAUUUCCUGUAAGACUAAGUUUCGCAAUGACAAUAAACAAAGCACAAGGACAAACAAUACCAAAUGUAGGCAUCUACCUGCUUGAACCGGUUUUCUCUCACGGUCAAUUAUAUGUCGCGCUUUCUAGAGCAACAACAGCCAAGAACAUAAAGAUACUAACAGCUGAAAAUGAUGAUAAAGAUGAGGACAACAAGCAGGACAACAAAAUCAAGCCAUCAGAGAAAAAUAAGAAAAGGAAAAAAAGGAAGACAAAAAGCGACAUGUCAGAUAAGAAAGAGGUCAAUCAAAAAGACACAACAGAUAGAUACACGAAGAAUAUAGUGUAUUCAGAGGUCCUCACCAAAUAG